AUGGACGCGUCCGGCGCCAGCGAGCUGCGCCAGCGGGAGGUGGAGGACGCGCAGGGAACGACGGGCGCGACGGAGCCGAUCCUCGGCCGCGUCGACGACAACCCGACGGCCCUGGAGACGAAGUACGUCAUGGAGCUGCGCCGCUCGCCCACGCGCGCGGAGCUGCGCGCCGAGGCCGCGGGCCAGCUCAAGGCCGUGCUCGUCGCCAAGGGCUACAAGCGGUCGACGCUGAGCGGCCUCGACCGGGACGAGCUCGUCGAUUUGGUGCUGCCGCUGCUGGACCCGGACAACGCGUACUUCGACGACGCGCCGCUCCCGCUCGGCUCCAACUGCUGGCAGCAGCUCGUCCUCCGCUUCCUUUUGGUGGCCGGCGCUUUAUCGUACGUCCACGCGCUCCUCGGCCUGAGCGGCUG